ACAAAUUCGAGAGAAAGGAGCAAAAGAACAAAGGAAAAGAGAACAAAAACAAGCAAAACAGAAAAGAGAAAAUAGGAAGUUAAAAGAAAAUAAAGAUAGAAGACAAAACUUAAUAGGAAGAUGUCAAGAGAUAAAAGAGAAUAACACAAGACAUAGCAAAGGAACGAAAGACAGAGAGAGCAAAAAACAGCUGGAAGAGCAUAAGAAAGAAGGAAGGAAAGGAGAAAGUCAGCAAGAAAGAAUAGAUGAGAUCAGCAGCGAGAAAAAACAGCUGGAACAUGAGAUAACGAAAGGUAGAGAUA